CAUAGAUCGGUCGCAACUCUCCAGAUUCAAAAUGGCCGCAACCAAGCACCUCCGCGCGGAGGCCGAGGACAGCGUGGCCGAGAACCGCCCGGUCAAGAAGUCCAAGGUCGACGGCGCUGGCGACGAUGCCGAAAAGGCGCGACUGAAGAAGGAGAAGAAGGAGAAGAAGAAGGAAAAGAAAGAAAAGAAGCAGAAGCUGGAAGAGUCCAAGCCUACCGAAGAUGAAGACAAGAACGAGGCGCCCGUAGAGAACGGCGCUGAUGAGAGUAAGAAGGAGAAGAAGAAGUCAAAGAAGGACAAGAAGGACAAGAAAGAUAAGAAGGAGAAGAAGCAAAACGACGAGAGCAAAGAGCAGGCCGUCGAAGAACAGCGCGAGAGCAUGGACAUUGACCAAGACGAGAAGCCCGCCGAGGAGAAGAAGAAGUCCAAGAAGGACCGCAAAGCCAGCAAGCCCGCCGCGCAAGAAGCCUCCAGCGGCCGCGAAUACGUCCAGACGAUGAGCCUGUCCAACGUCCCCCAGUCCGAGAUUGACGAGUACCUGUCCAAGAACGAGAUCGUCAUCACCGACCCCCGAAACACUACCGGCAAGCUCCGCCCCGUCACCGAGUUCCACCAUCUCCCUUCCACCAACCUGCUGGAGAAGAAGCCGUCGCCCUUUGCGAGCUACAAGGCGCCCACGCCCAUUCAGGCCGCCUCAUGGCCGUCUACUCUCUCCGGCCGCGAUGUCGUCGGUGUGGCUGAGACGGGAUCCGGCAAGACCAUGGCUUUCGCGCUUCCCUGUGUUGAGGCUAUCUCCGUCAUCGGAACAAAGGGCGUCAAGGCCGUUGUUGUUUCGCCCACCAGAGAGCUGGCCAUGCAGACUCAUGAGCAAUUGGCUCGUCUGGCUGCCCUGCUGAGGCUCAAGUGCGUCUGCCUCUACGGUGGUGCUUCAAAGGAUGACCAGCGAGCGCUGCUCCAGAGGGGCGCUGACAUUAUCGUCGCCACUCCUGGUCGAUUGAAGGACUUUAUGUCUGACGGAACGGUUGACCUGAGCGGCUGCCGAUUUGCCGUUCUGGACGAGGCCGAUCGUAUGCUGGACAAGGGCUUCGAGGAGGACAUCAAGAUGAUCCUCGGUGCUUGCCCUCCCCGUGAGGAGCGCCAGACGCUCAUGUUCACUGCUACAUGGCCAACGUCUGUCCAGAGCCUGGCCUCUACCUUCAUGGUCGACCCCGUCAAGAUCACCAUCGGAUCGCGCGGAAAGGAGACCGAGAACGGCUCGGUCGAGCUCCAAGCCAACACCCGCAUCACGCAGAGAGUCGAAGUCCUCGACGGCCGAGACAAGGAGACCCGACUCCUGCAAAUCAUCAAGCAGCACCAGCAGGGCAAGCAGAAGGACGAUCGUAUCCUCGUCUUCUGCCUGUACAAGAAGGAGGCCACGCGCGUCGAGAGCUUCCUUGCCCGCAAGGGCGUUCGCGUCGGCGGCAUUCACGGAGACUUGAAGCAGGAGCAGCGAACGCGCAGCUUGGAGGCGUUCAAGACGGGCAAGACGCCUGUCCUGGUUGCUACGGAUGUGGCUGCGCGAGGAUUGGAUAUCCCCGAGGUCAAGCUGGUCAUCAAUGUUACUUUCCCUCUGACCAUUGAGGACUAUGUUCACCGUAUCGGACGAACGGGCAGAGCUGGCAAGACUGGCGAGGCCAUCACUAUGUUUACCGUCCAAGACAAGGCGCACUCUGGAUCCCUCAUCAACAUCCUCAAGGGCGCCAACCAGCCCGUUCCGGACGAGCUGAUGAAGUUUGGCACCGUCGUCAAGAAGAAGACGCACGACAUGUACGGCGGCUUCUUCAAGGACGUUGACCCCAACCAGAAGUCAACAAAGAUUACUUUCGACUAAU